AUGGUUGAUCCAGUUAUCGAAAGACCUCAAUGUGAAAAAUUUAAAGGAACUUUUACUGAUCAUUUAGCUAAUGAGCGUACAUUCUUAGCAUGGACAAGAACUAGUCUUGGUAUGUUUGCAUUUGGCUGUGCUAUUGCACGAUUCGGUGGAUCAGAUAAGAUCGACGUUACAUUAACUGGUUCAUUUCAUGACAUGAAACCAAUGAUUUCUGGCUUAAUUUUAAUUGCUUGUGGUGUUAUAACAUUAUUCUAUAGUAUUUAUCGAUAUUGUCGAAUAAAUCGACAUAUACUACAAAAAGAUUUAACAGAAGUUUCUCAAAUACGUGAACCAGUUGUUGCUGCAUUAAUUUUACUUUUAUCUAUGGUUGCUAUUCUAAUUAUUUUUAUUAUUUUAUAA